GGCUGCCUGACUGGAAUGAGGGUAGCUGCGGCGACUGCGGCGGCGGGAGCGGGGCCGGCCAUGGCGGUGUGGACGCGGGCCACCAAAGCGGGGCUGGUGGAGCUGCUGCUGAGAGAGCGCUGGGUCCGGGUGGUGGCCGAGCUGAGCGGCGAGAGCCUGAGCCUGACGGGCGACGCCGCGGCGGCCGAGUCCGAGCCCGCUCUGGGGCCGGCGGCGGCCGACUUCAACGGCCUCCCGAACGGCGGCGGAGCCGGCGACUCGCUGCCCGGGAGCCCGAGCCGCGGCCUGGGCCCCCCGAGCCCGCCGGCGCCGCCACGGGGCUCGGCGGGCGAGGCGGGCGCGUCGCCGCCCGUGCGCCGGGUGCGAGUGGUGAAGCAGGAGGCGGGCGGCCUGGGCAUCAGCAUCAAGGGCGGCCGCGAAAACCGGAUGCCGAUCCUCAUCUCCAAGAUCUUCCCGGGGCUGGCGGCCGACCAGAGCCGGGCGCUGCGGCUGGGCGACGCCAUCCUGUCGGUGAACGGCACUGACCUGCGCCAAGCCACCCACGACCAGGCCGUGCAGGCGCUGAAGCGCGCGGGCAAGGAGGUGCUGCUGGAGGUCAAGUUCAUCCGGGAAGUGACACCAUAUAUCAAGAAACCAUCAUUAGUAUCUGAUCUGCCAUGGGAAGGCGCUGCUCCCCAGUCACCAAACUUUAGUGGCAGUGAGGACUCUGGUUCUCCAAAACACCAGAACAGCACCAAGGACAGGAAAGUCAUUCCUCUCAAAAUGUGCUUUGCUGCUAGAAACCUAAGCAUGCCAGAUCUGGAAAACAGAUUAAUAGAGCUACAUUCUCCUGAUAGCAGGAACACCUUGAUUCUACGGUGCAAGGAUACAGCCACAGCACACUCCUGGUUCGUAGCUAUCCACACCAACAUAAUGGCUCUCCUCCCACAGGUGUUGGCUGAACUCAAUGCCAUGCUUGGUGCAACUAGCACAGCAGGAGGCAGCAAGGAGGUCAAGCACAUUGCCUGGUUGGCAGAACAGGCAAAACUAGAUGGUGGAAGACAACAGUGGAGACCUGUCCUCAUGGCUGUGACUGAGAAGGAUUUGCUGCUUUAUGACUGCAUGCCAUGGACAAGGGAUGCUUGGGCAUCACCAUGCCAUAGCUACCCUCUUGUUGCCACAAGGUUGGUUCAUUCUGGCUCCGGAUGUCGAUCACCCUCACUUGGAUCUGACCUUACGUUUGCUACCAGGACAGGCUCUCGGCAAGGCAUUGAAAUGCAUCUGUUCAGGGUGGAAACACAUCGGGAUCUGUCAACCUGGACCAGGAUACUUGUUCAGGGUUGUCAUGCUGCUGCUGAGCUGAUCAAGGAAGUCUCUCUAGGCUGCACCUUAAAUAGCCAAGAGGUAAGACUCACAGUCCACUAUGAAAAUGGGUUCACUAUCUCCAGGGAAAAUGGAGGCUCUAGCAGCUUAUUGUACCGCUACCCUUUUGAAAGGCUGAAAAUGUCUGCUGAUGAUGGCAUCAGAAAUCUGUAUUUGGAUUUUGGUGGUCCUGAGGGAGAGCUGUGCCUUGACAAGGACCUGCAAAUCACUGCUGAACCACAACUGUGUUUAAAGAAGAGCCUACCUUCCACAAGCUACCUUGACCAGAAAUUCUAGGACCUCUAAGAAGCUCCAAAAUGAAGCUGUUCAUUUACGUUUUAGUACCGUAAUGUGGUUUAUAAGUAAUUAGGCUUAUUUCCCCUGUUAAGAAGGGUGGCUCAUUGUUUUGCUUUUUGGACAUAAUCAGAUAUCCAAGAGUUGUUUUCUUUUUCUUCUUCCUGUAGGAUUUGUUUUGGGCUUAGCCUUGAUCUCUUGUUCAAGGCAGCUGUUCCUUCCCAGGUAAUAGUUUGCGGUAGCUAGUUGCUUCCUGUUCAUUUCAGAUGGGUUAUAUGUUUUAUUGGAAUUUACCAUCCUUACUUGCUCCUUUCACUCUGUGACGUGCUUGAGUGUACAUUACCAGGGUGUUUUUCCAUCUGUCAUGGCUCUUGCUACAUCCCACUCCGGCCAUCACUUCCCACCUUAUCACAAGCUUUGCCACUCAGAAGUGCUAAUGUUAGGACUUAUAACUUGCAAAAUUUUAUUUGCCUUGCCUUCCAGUCUCUAUCUAGUGGUGACCAAAUUAAAAAGCAGGUUGGGAACCACUGCUUUGCAAGACAGGUUUUGGUCGUUUUAGCCUCUUCUGAUUUUAUCUUAGGUAGGAGCCAGGAAAUAUUAAAAAAGGCUUAUUUUAAAAGAAAAUUCUCAUUUUAGCCUAAGCCAUUUUUUAUUGCUUACCAGAUGUGCCUUUGGUUAGGGUUAGUGGAGCUUUUAUUAGCGACUAUUUGAAUAACUGGAUAUCACUGCCAUUCCAGGGACAUCAUCUAUCCUAGUUUUGAGGAAUUAAGUCUUUGAGGUAGGUUUCCUUAACUGUCUUUUCUAGUUGGCGAAUCUCUUUAAGAAGGACAAGUCCUGAAGAGCCAGCUUGUUUAUAGACUUUGUGGGUGAAGUAAGCUUUUCAGCACAGACAUAUUCGUGUUGAGUUGCUUUGGGCUGUGUGAACCCAUGCAGGAUCUUGUCCCUGGUCCUCUCCCUUUGUGGCAGCAGAGUGGCAUGGACAAGCAGCUGCUAAUUCAAGACUCAGUGUUGGCUUAGUAACUUAUCCUGCAGGGUGCAAGGUGACGAGACCAUAGAACAGCUACCUGGGUUUUAUUAAGCAUUAUUAGAUGUCAUCAUUAGGACAUAGUAGCAAUUAAGAUUGUUGAUUUUGAGGUAUUAUAGAAUCACAUUUGUUUUUUUACUAAUUAUGAAUGAGGUAUAUAUCUGAAAAACAUUUAAAAUAAUGUAAUAUCUAUAUAAAACUUCAAGAUUAGCACAUUAAUAUCCUUGAAUCUCAAAGAAGAGUUCAACUAAUUUGGAUAUUCUUUAUGCUCUCUGAAGGAAGGUCUAGGAGUACUUCUCAUUUCCUAGAUAUAUCAGGAGUGUCAGAAAGAGGAUAUGAACACUGUGAAGGGUGGAAGAGGGUAGCAUUUCAAAUAGGAGAAAAGAAAAAAAAAAAAACUCAACUCUGCAAAACUUGAGCUGUGUGGUUUGAGCGCAGACUGAACAAUAGAUGGAGCCUGAGAACAUGCAGACUCCUGAGCAGAGAGUUCCAGUCAGUUCCAGCUCCAGAGGCAGUUGUGAGAAGCCCAGCGUCUUCCCUCUGCACAUCAGUCAUCCUUCCCCAUGUCCAGCGAGUGGAACACUACGCAGAGGUUGGGGAGAGACGUCUCUUCUUCGCUCAGCUCCAUAUAGCUUUAGAAGGCCCCCAUAUGAAUUAUCUGAUUUAUUUAAAAUUGCAGAAAUUAAAAUCCAGACUAGAAUAUGUUUGUCAAGAGCUUUUUAUGUUUUCAUAAACCUAAUUUUGAUUCCAUAUGAGAUAAGUUUGCAAAUCAGGGAAGAAAAGCAAGCCUAGAAGGUCCCACUAUGGACUUCUGGAAGCAAGAUUUCAACACAUAAUACUUUCAGAUAAGGGAGUUUAGCCGCUCUUUGCAGCAAGAAUAUCAUUAACAUGAGAAAUUUAACCAUGCGGUCACAGACGUCAGCAGCAGAGUCAUUAGGUUGAGGUUUUCUGUGUUGUUAUGAAAGGCUAAGCCACUGACAAAAUUUGUGGGAGGAACUUCUGGAGCAACCCUGCUCACUAGUUAUAUGAAAAAGAUCUAUUAAGAAAGCUGUGAUUAAAUGUGGGCAGGAGAAACAAGGCAUGUGUGCAUUUCUGCUCUUUUUGCUCAAGCUUAAACUGUCAUGUAUAGCACCAAGGGUCUUAGGGUUUUUAGUAUGUUUUGAAUCUUGAUGUGAAACGAAAGUAUGUGAGAAGGUUUUCUUUGUCCACUAGCAGCCCCGAGAGCAAGAGUCCUUAAGCUGCUUGUUUUACAUACAUUAAUAGCUUUCCAAUCAUGGAUGACCAGGUUGUUCUUCAAUUAAGUUGUGUUUGUGAGAUUUUCAAACCAUAAACAAAGUGCUUUUUAUGAAUGUGACAGCCUUGAUAAAUAUGUAUUUUGUAUUUAGAUGCCAAAAUAUGGCAAAUUAUUUUCAAAUGAUAAGUAAAAAUGGGCAUUUUUUAUAUUCCACCUCUUUUAUAGAACCAACUAACGUUAAAUUUGUUUUUCAUUUUGAAUUAUGAAAAUUAUUGAGGAUGUUAUGGGCUUUUUGUGUGUUGAGUGGAAAAGAAAUUGCAGAGUAGUGUUCCUUCAUUCAGAUGGACCACUUCCUAUGCCCACCGAAAUCUGGGGCCUAGACAUCUUCUCCUUAUUCCACACAGAUGCCUGUAAGCAGCCAAUUGGUGUGUGAAAAUUGUUCCUCCUCUUUUGCUAAAACUUUUCUCCAUAAAAAGAAAAGGAAAGGAAAACUUAAAAAGGAAAAAAACAAAACAAACCUGUUGCUGUUGAGUCGAUUCCAACUCACAGCAACCCUGUAGGACAGAGUAGAGCUGCCACAUAGAAUUUCCAAAGACUGUCUGGUGGAUUCCAACUGCCAACCUUUUGGUUAGCAGCUGUAGCUCUUAACCACUACACCACCAGGGUUUCCAAAAAAAAAAAAAAGGAGCCCUGGUGGCCCAGGGGUGAAGCUCUCGGCUGCUACCCGAAAGGUUGGUGGUUUGAACCCACCAGCCCUCUGUGGGAGAAAGAUGUGGCAGCCUGCUCUCGUAAAGAUUACAGACUUGAAAACCAUAUGGGGAAGUUCUGCUCUGUCCUAUAUGUGUCAGAAUUGACUCGAUGCAACAGGUUUAAAAAGGAAAGGCUUAGUUUUUCUUUUUCUGAAAAAGGUAAGUUCUUUCCUGAAAAGUCAUCAAACCUUACCUGGAAACUAGCAUCUAAUAUUUUACAUGAAGAAAUACUUUAAUGUAUGUUUAUACAGUAUUUAUUAGAUAGUUGUAACUGUAAACUCACCUACCUAGUAGACAGAGUUUCAGGUUAAACGUUGGUACAUGUACAGGCAAUCAAAAAUAAUACUUUCAAUGUCAUUCACCUAUCUUAAAGCCAUGGUUUAGCACUUCUUUGGCCAGGUAAACUCUGAUAGUGCCUGUUUUCUAUCACCUGUACUUUCACAAACUUUGUUGCUAAAAAUUAUUGCAUGGUAAGAGAUGCUGAAUUAUUUAUUUCCUAUAUUUUUAUAAGUGAAAAAAAUCUCUAACAAAUGGCUAAAGUUGUUACUGAUUAUUUGUUUUCUUAACUUAUCCUCCUAAGCAGAAUGGUAACAAAGCUUUUUCCAGCUGAUUAAAUGCACUUAGCUGAUAAGCCAAAAUUUAUUCUUAAAAAAAAAAUUAAGCUGUGUGGAAUCUGGACAAGAUUAUGUUUCUCCCAGAAAAACAAGUUUCACUGUAAAUGGUUUUGAUUGACAAGAAGUGUGACCACAUUUGAGAAAAGGUUAUGAUAGAUUUUUAAAUCCUGAGAGAACUUCCAGGUCUUCUUGUUUAAUUUAUAUGCAUGUGAUUAUACUUGUAUGUUCUCAAAAACAUGGAAGAAUGUCCAUAUUUUUUAAUGCAAAUUACUUUGUAAGCUGCUAUGCAAAUUCUCAUAAAAGCCCUACCUACUUAAAGAGUUAAAUAUUUUUAACGCUUUCAGGGAAGACCUGUAGACUUAAGCACUUUCUCUGCUUUUUUGUAUCUUAUCUUGGACACUUAUGCUGAGUUAUGUUAUUUCACUGGUUAUAAGCUGUUGAUUGUACAUAACAUUUAAACUAUCCAAAUAACCAGCAUACAUUUCCAUGUCGCUGCCAUCAGUGAUUGAGGCCACAACUGAAAUGGCUGGUUAGAAAGCCAAAGGUCUUCUUUUUUUGAUCCUUAAUGAAGUAAAAUGCCAGAUCUAUUUAGUCCCAAAGCAAAUUGCUCUGGUAGGAGCUGCAUACCUAUGUGAGGAAAAGAGACGUUUAAACUGGGGAUCCUGCUUAGGCUUCAAGUUGAUUUUGACUAUAGUCAUAGUCAUUCUUUUUACAUAUGUCUAUCAGGUAUCAUUUUUUUUUUUUUUUAUCAGGUAUCAUAUUAUGUGCCAGGUGGUAUUAUAUUCGACCUUGGGUUUGGAGAUCUCUUUCCAUUAAACUUGAAUUGUUAUUGUAGCUUUUUUUUUUCCUCCUGAAAAUGAAAGCAGAAGAAUCAGCCAUCUUCUGUCAUGUUCUCUCUGCCCCUAUUUUAAUUGUGUGCUAAUCUACAAUUAUUUUGACUUUUCCCAUACUGUCUUUAAAAAAUGACAGCAGCAGUCUGCUUUUUUUUUUUUUUUUUUAAUCCUUUAUUGUGCUGGCUAUGUAGACAAUAAAUGUUUGAUGAUAGUUCUAAAAUAGUUAUACUGUAUAACAGAAUUAUGUAUUUUUGAGCAAUAUAGGAAUUCCUAUGUGUAAUGAUUGAAGUGAACUUUAUUUUACACUAGUAAUAGACUGCUUAAGUGGCUGUUUUAAAAUUCUUUCUCUAAAAAAAAAAGUCAGUGAUACAAGCCUGUUCUAAUAAAGGAUAGAAUUUCAAGUUAAGGUAAGGUACAAUAAAUAGGCACAUAGAAUACAUCUGUUUUCUUGUCUCUUUUUGACACUAGCUAAGCUGCCAACAGGAAGAAUGGUUGUUAUGUAUUAAAAGAAUAUUUUAACAAGAUACUUUAUUUUCUUCUGUUUCAAAAUUGAUAAACUUCAGCUUAAUCGCUUGCCACCUCUUCCUUUCCACUUCGGAUGACUGAACCGAAGCAUAGUCUAGUUUUAAAAGUGAAUCUGUAUUUGAUGCAGUGCAUAGAUAUACCUUUCGCAGAUGAGUGCUUGCUCACCAAUGAACAUUUGAUUGUAUGCAACAAAAUCUACCAUAUGAACCAUAAUCCUUGAAUUGCCCCAAAAUAGAUUGGUUAAAACUAGAAUGCUAUGAUAGAGAAACAAUACUUCAUUAUAUUGCAACACUAGGUAUCCUGGUAGAUUUCUGUUUUCUGAGUCCUCUAAGUACCUUUCUCAGUUUUGCAGUAAUCUUACCAUGUCAUUGACAGAAGUUUAGUUUAGUUUUUUAGUUUUUGAGCCCUUCUUAAUCCAAGUCACAUAUAUACCCUUGGAACCUGAUUGAUCUAUCACCUCUUCCAAAGUAGUAGAAGUCUCUUGAAUAGACAAAAGGUUCUUUGGGGACUUGAAGAAAUAUUGAAACUGCAAGUCUAAUUAAUGGCAUUAAUUCACGUAUUCUUUCAUUUAAUGAGAAUUAAUUAAUAUACAGUUCGGCACCAGGAACUCUGAAGGAUCCAAAAGAAAGUUCUUGCCCUCGAGUUGCAUAUAAUCCAUUAUUUCAUAAUAAUGGCGUGUCAUCCAUUUAUCAAUCAGUGAUUAAAUAAUUAGCCACUUUGUAUUUUUACCAGAGUAUGUCUGCAGUUCUCUUUCUCUGGACCUGGCAAACUGGAAAAUGUUUAAAGGGAUGAUUAGGCUUUAUCUAUGCUGAGCACUUUAGUUUGGGAAGGAAAGUAUUGUUAGUAAGAUAAAUCACAACAAAAAUUAAGCUCUAUUGCCUAAAGUGGUCAAUGGGAAAGUCUUUUUUACAAAAUGCUUCACUAAACAGCAAAGCUAAAUAUUCAACUACCGCCUAUUUAUAAAUUGACCCAUUCAUUUCCACACUAGUGUCCUUUAAACAUUUCAUAUGCUGAAAGUUCUUUCACAUAGUAGAUAGAAUGUGUCUCCAUUAAUGAUAGAGCAAAGUGAAAAUCUUUUAAAACUUAGCAAAAUCCCUGUUAUUCUAGAACACUCUGGCAUUCAAAUCCAUUAAAAAGGACACCUAAAGAAAAUAAGGUUAAUUGAAUUUUUUCAUAAUUUUCAGACAGUAAUAGUCCCUUUCUAUCCAGCUUGCCAUCCAUGUAUCACUAGGGUUACCUUUUCAGGCAGCAUCCCUAAUCAUGCCCAGGAAGUACCUGAGCUACCUGUGACUGGAGUGAUAUAUACAUAUAACAUGAUCAAUUGAGCUCCUCUCUCUUUGUUUUUAAGUGUCCUGGAAUUGUGCAGAAAAAUUAGGUCAUGCCUUCAGUUUCGUGGUUCUUACUUUAAACAUACCCUUUGACAAUUAGGUGCUAAUGAUUGUACAGUAUCAUUACCAGCACAUAAGUAUUGUAAGGAUCUGUUCCUCCUACGUUGGAAGAAGUAUUUUUCGUUUUAUCUCUAUCCUGUUAGAAUGGGUAUCAGCUACGUUUUUUCGCCUCUAUUUUGUGAAUUUACAGAAUGUGGGGAAAAGUGAUUUCAACUGAGUUUCAGGUUUGGCAUAAUCACCAAUCUUGAGGCUAUUCUUCUCAUCUUGUAGCAGAUCUGCCCUUAUAAUAACCAGUUUCAGAUUUUCUUCCUGUAGUAUAGUACUCCAGUGUUAUGUUUACAAUCUCUUGGAUGAGUUCAGCAUUAUAAGACCUUGAUGCCCAAAGAAUCUAUUUCCCUUUUGGUACCAGAUCCAAGGUCUUCUAGCAAAUAACAUGGCAAACCACUACGUACGAAGGCCUACUUUGGCUAAUCUGUGCAAAUUCUGAUCAUACCCACUCAUAAGUAUUCUGUUCCAUACAACUUUCAUUUUUGUUAAGUAUUAAGGCUUAGAAAGAACAAUACUUCUACAAAGAAUUAAAAUUAUAUGAUAUUGUUUUUUCUUUUUAGAAUCCUUUAUUUAAACAAGACUUCUUUUAAAAUCUUGUUUAAGGUUUAAGUUUGAAAUCUUCUGGUGUCACCAGGCUACCAAAUCAAAAAUACAUGGCGUAAAACAAGGUGGUAUUUUUGUUCUUAAUUAAAAAAAGCUUUAUGUGUACUCUAUAAAUAUAGAUGCAUAGACAACACUUCCUUUUGAGUUGCAAAUCGACAUAUAACAUUGUACAUUACAAUGAAAAUUUGUAACUUAAGGGUAUUAUAUAUAUAAAUACAUAUAUACCUUUGUAACCUUUAUACUGUAAAUAAAAAAUUGCUUUUAGAUUUGCAUUUUUUCUUUUUUUUUUUUGUUGGAAUAGUUUCAAACCUAUAGGAAAAUUUCAAGAACAAUAAAAAGAACUCCUACAUCCCCUUUACCCAAAUUCCCCAAUUGUUAACAAUUUACUAAAUUUAUCUUUUUCUGACAUGAAACCCUAUCACCUGUAAAUUCUCUAGUGUGUACCUCCCAAAAGCAAAGACACUCCCACACUGCCACUAUACAACCCUCCCAAUCGGGAUACCAACAUUGGUGCCACACUGCCAUCCGAUCCCAUUCAAAUGAUGUCAACCAUCCCAACAAUGUCCCUUUUUCCUUUCUGGUCCAGAAUCCUAUCCAGUGCCACAUGUUGCAUUUGGUUGUCAUACCUCAUCAGUUUCUUCAGUCUGGAGCAGCGACCCGGUCUUUUUUCGAAUUCUCAUGUCCUUGACAAUCUUACUGAGCUUAGGUCUUUCGUUCUGCAGGAUGACCCUCUGCCUGGUUCCAUCCCAUAUGACCUCAUUAUAGAUCAGGUCAGGAAUUCUGGGCAAGAAUACCAAAGAAGUGAUGCUAUGCCCUUCUCAGAGUAUGUCACCUCAUCCCACACUGGUGAUGCUAACUUUGAUCACCUAGUCAAGUUAGUGUCUCUACCAUUUUUCCCUGUGUAUUUGAUUAGCAUUUUUGUGGUGUAGGUAUUUUGAUACUAUGCCAGUAUGCUGUUCUUCAUCAGACCUCCACCCACUAGCCUUAGCCUCCGUUGAUAUAGAACCCUGGUGGCACAGUGGUUAAAGCCCUUGGCUGCUAACUGAAAGGUCGGUGGUUCAAACCCACCAACUGCUCUGCAGGAGAAAGAUGUGGCAGUCUGCUUCUGUAAAGAUUUACAACCUUGGAAACCCUAUGGGGCAGUUCUACUCUGUCUAUAGAGUGGCUGUGAGUCUGGAAUCGACUCGACAGCAGUAGGUUUACCUGUAUUGUCUGCCAUUGUGAUGGUUACCAGAUGGUGACUAUUACUAUCAUUCCUUCUACAUUUAUCAGUUAGCAUUCUAUUGUAAGUAAGAAUUUCCUCUCCCCCUCCCCCACACAUUUAUUGAUUGAUUGAUUGAUGUUAAAGAUUCUUGGAUUCCUAUUUUUUAAUUGGUUAACAAUUUUAAAUGGGAUUAACAAUAUAUUUAUUUUUAUAUCCCAAAAGAAUUCUAGAUUUAGCCAGGGGGAUCCUCUUCAAACUGGCUACUGUGUCCUUUUGAUAUGGACCCAUCAUUCUUUAAACAUUUAUUUCUGGCACAACAAAGACUCAUCUUGUACUUUCCUGCUCCAGGCCUGAAAUCAGCCGUUUCUCCAAGAAGCCCACUGUAAUAUGGCUUCUGCCUCCAUCACUUCACUGAAACUUCCCAGGCUGAGGUCAUUGGGGUCUUCCAUAUCAUUGCCUCCUUCUCAGCUGCAUUAGGUACUUCUGUCCCUUACCUCCUUAUCAACAAUCCUCCCCCUGAGACACUCCUCCCCUGACUACCAAGACACUCUUCUGGCCUACCUCUCCAGCUCUCUUUCUGAGCUUCUUUUGCAAGCUCACCCUCCCUUGGUUGGCCAACAAACUUUAAAGCUCCCUCCUCAGCUCACUCCUCCCCUCACCCUACACGCUAGUCUUCCCUAAGAGUUCUCACUCACAUAGCUUCCAUUCCUACUCAUAUCCAGAUGUCUCGCAGAUGUGAACCUCCAGCCCUCAUCUUCUGAGUUUCUGAUGCAGUAUAUCCAGCUGACACUUGUUUUUACAGGGAUAUUUCAAAAGCACCUCACAUUCAAGAUCUUCGCCCACCAUCUCUCAAACCUGGCCUUUGUUCAGUGUUCUCUAUCUCAGUAGCACCACCAUCCAUCCACCUGCCAAAGCCAGAAACCCAGGAGUCAUCCUUGACCCCUCCUGCCCUUCAUGCCCUGUAUCUAAUCCAUUUCUAAGUGUUUAUUGUUUGUCUUUCAAACCUCUCCUCUCUGCAUACAUUUCUCCAUAGCCCUCCCCCUGGUCCAAGCUUCCCUUACUCUUCUGGACUAUGCCAACAGCUUCAUAUUGCAAUAGUUCACCUCUCCUUCCAAUCUGCUCUCUAUACUAGGUUUAGAGUCCUCUAUCCAAAAUGCAAAAUGACAAAACAAAACAAAAAAAACUUAUUUAAAAUAUGGUUUAUCAUUGUUUUUAGGAUAAAACCCAAAAUCUUUACUAUAGCCAAAUGUCUUGGCACCUGCCCACCUCCCCAGCACCAGUUCACAUCAGACUUCACCUUAUUUUCUGCUCCAGCAAUCUAGGCUUUGUUCAGUUUCAUGAAAUCCACCAGUGGCCUCUUUGGGGCCUUUACACAGGCUGGGGUCUUAAACGCUAGCAAGCAGCCAUCUAAGAUGCAUCAAUUGGUCUCAACCUACCUGGAUCAAAGGAGAAUGAAGAAUACCAAAGACACAAGGUAAUUAUGAGCCCAAGAGACAGAAAGGCCACAUAAACCAAAGACUACAUCAGCCUGAGACCAGAAGAACUAGAUGGUGCCCGGCUACAACCUAUGACUGCCUGACAGGGAACACAACAGAGAACCCCCGAAGGUGCAGGAGAGCAGUGGGAUGCAGACCUCAAAUUCUCAUAAAAAGACCAGAUUUAAUGGUCUGACUGAGACUAGAAGGACCCCGGAGGUCAUGGUCCCCAGACCUUCUGUUAGCCCAAGACAGGAACCAUUCCCAAAGCCAACUCUUCAGACAGGGAUUGGACUGGAAUAUGGGAUAGAAAAUGAUACUGGUGAGAAGUGAGCAUUUUGGAUCAAGUAGACACAUGAGACUAUGUGAGCAGCUCUUGUCUGGAGGGGAGAUGAGAGGGCAGAGGGGGUCAGAAGCUGGCCGAAUGGACAUGAAAAUAGGGAGUGGAGGGAAGGAGUGUGCUGUUUCACUAGGGGGAGAUCAACUACGAGUAUAUAAAAAAAAAAAAAAAACCCA